AUGUGGACUGUUUUCUAGCGUUAGAGCCAUGAUUUGCUUGCUGAGAUGGACGGCUGCCUUCAUUUGGACUGUGCUUUCCCUUCCUUGCACUCUUGGAAUGGCAGUGAGCGAACAAACAGAUGGCUCAUGUCCCUCACUGAGUGUGGAGGAACACAGGUUUUCUGAGGUUUUAGAUCGCCCUCUGGAUAUUACAGGAUUCGAUCUCACGGACAAGUUUCUCGGCAGAAAGGGGACAAUCACAGAAGAUCUGCCGUCGUAUCGAUUAGGAAGCAGUCCACUGAUUAAACCAACAAAGCUAAUAUUUCCAAAUGGGCUUUCAAGCGAGUACUCCCUUGUUUCCAUUUUCCGGGUGAGAAGAACCACAAAGAAAGACCGCUGGUAUCUUUGGCAGAUUUUCGACGAGUCGGGAGGCAGUCAGGUGUCUUUGGUGGUUGAUGGCGACAAGAAGGUGGUGGAGUUUUCUUACCAGGGUCAGCUGAAGAACGCUCUCCGCUACACGUUUAAGAGCCGUGACCUACAUGCCCUCUUUGAUCGCCAGUGGCACAAGCUGAGCAUUUCUGUCCAGAGCAACAUCGUAUCCAUUUACAUGGACUGCAAGCUAAUAGAGAGAAGACUGACUGAAGAGAGGGACGGCGUUGACUCCAGUGGGCGAACGCUCAUUACUACGCGAGUGGAGGACGGGCGGCCUGUAGAUAUUGAACUGAAACAACUCCUGAUCUACUGCGACCCUUACAUGGCAGAAAUGGAGAACUGCUGUGAGCUGCUGGAGUGCGGAGCCCAGAAGACAUUUAAUGGGACUUCCCCUCCCCUGGUUACAGCCCAGAUCCCCCUGAUGCUGUCUCAGCCGCUCUCUCCGUCAAUUGACAGAUGUCACUGUCCGGCCGAAAAGGGGGACACGGGGGAGGUCAGCUCUCCAGGAAACCCAGGACAAAAGGGGGAACUUGGAUCAGAAGGGCAAAAGGGAAUCGAUGGAGUGAAGGGCCCUCCAGGUGCCAAAGGAGAGAAGGGAUUGGCCGGGGUGCCGGGUCAACCAGGGGAACCAGGCAAAGAGGGCAAAAGGGGACGGAGAGGAAAACCCGGCGAGCCCGGACCCAGAGGCCUACCUGGCCCCCCAGGACCUUCUGAAGGAGUGGAGAGGGGCGAGUCUGGACUCCCCCGGGAGAAGGGGGAGAAAGGAGAGAGAGGAGAUCCUCCAGAGACUGUGUAUGUGAAUGUGGUGGGAAAGGGGUGA